AGAGUAGCAACUAGCAAAGCUAAAAGAACUGCGUAGCUUUCAUUUGAAGAAAGCUCAAUACUCUCUCAUCACUAGCUUUACCUUUUCUCUCUCUCUCUCUUUCUCUCUUUAACAAUGCUUGUCUUUCUUGCUGCUCAUCACCACUAAGAACAACUUCACAAAGACCACUCCAUGGAGUUUGACCUUGAAAACCCUCUAGAAAACUUCCACAAUCUUCCCUGUGACUCUGUCUCUUCUCUCUUCGUCAUUGAAUCUGACCACAUCCCACCACCGAAUUACUUUCAGUGUCUGAAAGCUAGCAACUUCGACAUAUCUGUUAGAAGGGAUGUCAUCUCUUUGAUCUCACAGUUGUCUUGCACCUUCGAUCCUGUUCUCCCUUACCUAGCUGUCAAUUAUCUGGAUCGCUUCCUAGCUAACCAAGGGAUAUUGCAACCAAAGCCAUGGGCCAACAAGCUCCUUGCAAUGUCUUGCUUUUCUUUAGCUGCCAAGAUGUUGAAAACAGAGUACUCUGCCACUGAUGUUCAGGCUCUUCUGAAUCAUGGUGAUGGCGGCGUCAUUUUUGAGAUGCAAACAAUACAAAGAAUGGAAGCCCUUGUCUUGGGGGCUUUGAAUUGGCGAAUGCGUUCCAUCACCCCUUUCUCUUUCAUGCCUUUCUUCAGCAAUUUGUUCAGGCUCGAAGAUCCAGCAUUGAGGCAGGUUUUGAAAGAUCGAGCAUCUGAAAUUAUAUUGAAGUCACAAAGAGAGAUAAAGGUUUUGGAAUUCAAGCCAUCUAUAAUUGCUGCAUCAGCCCUUCUUUAUGCUUCACAUGAGUUGUUUCCCUUUCAAUAUCCGUGCUUCUUAACAGCAAUAUCCGAUUGUUCAUAUGUAAAUAAAGAAAAUGUGAUGCAAUGCUAUAAUGCCAUACAAGACAUAGCCAGGGAUGAGUACGAAUCAGUGUUCAAUGUAAAUUCAAGUUCAGACACACCGGUUAAUGUGUUAGACGAACAUUUUCUGAGCUUGGAAAGUGAAAAAACCAACGGAACCAACGUUGCUUCCACUACUCUCAUAAAAGAGAAGGGUCUCAAGAGAAGGAAAAUCACAAAUUAUGGUAACAAUCGCAUGGUCCAGUUUUCAGAUUUUCAUCAAUGCUGAAGUACCGAAACAGAAGAAGAUAACAUUUUAAUCCUCUGGUCCAUACGAGAGAGAUUAAUGUCGUUGGUGAUAUCAUUUUGUCGUGGUUAACCAAAAAAAGGGUGGUAAAAAAAGUGAAGGUCACAGUAGUAGGAAGAGAUAGUGAUGGACUUAGAAUGAGAAGGAAGGAACAGUGAAGA